AUGAAAUCCAUUUUUCCUUUCAAUUCACGAUUGAAUUAUGUUUUAAACAAUUAAUUCAAUGAUUCAAUGAUUUACCUGUAGUUAAGAAUAUUACACCAAAUUUUGAUUAAAUUAAUGUUCAAAACAAGAAUUGUGUCAAAAUUGAUAAAACUAUUGCUAGUCUUCAAUGAAACCACUCUUACGUUCGCAUCAAUUGAUAACACAAUUGAAAUAAUCUAAAUUUGCAAAAAAAAUGUCAAAUUUAAUAGAAGAAGAGGUGAACGAAAAUCUGCUAAAUAGUGAGCAAAAAAAUUCUAAGAAAUGUGUGCCUAUAAGACAAGAUCCGUCAUCUUCUUUGUUGCAAUGGCCAGAGGUGUCCGAAGAGGUGGACACGAAUAUAGAGUUGCAAACAUUGCAUCAAAACCAAGAGUCGACGGCCAGUGAUAUGUUAUUCCCAAACGAGUCGUUAAUGUCUGAUAGAUUGAGAUCAGGAAUGGACUCAACGCCAGAAUCGAGUGAUAAAAGAAUUGCAGCUCAAGUCAAGAAUGUUGUCUUCUCGUAUGGAAGGGGCAAAAAGGCUGUCAAUGCUCUCAAUGGCAUCACAAUCAAUGUUCCCGAAGGAAAUAUUCUGAAGCCGAGAAAAGGCACUGUUAUAGUGUUUGGUGAACAGCCCGGCUCUUAUGAUUCAUUAGUUCCCGGGCCAGGAGUGGGUUAUAUGCCUCAAGAGAUCGGUCUCUUCCAGGAGUUUACAAUUGAAGAGACGCUCACUUUCUUCGGCAGAUUAUAUCGUCUGCCAAAAGUGCAGAUUAAGAAUAGCAUUAGAUUUCUUCUUCAAUUCCUUGAUCUUCCGGACAAAACCAGUUCUGUCGCCAAACUGAGCGGAGGUCAGAAGCGUAGGGUCUCAUUAGCGGCAGCUCUGGUCCACAAACCACCGCUUCUGGUAUUGGAUGAGCCGACUGUAGGCAUCGAUCCAGUGCUUCGACAGAGCAUUUGGAAACAUUUGAUAGCUUUAGCCAAAGACGGCAUAACUGUUAUAAUAACGACUCACUAUAUCGAAGAGGCGAGGAAUGCAAACAUUGUUGCCUUCAUUAGACAGGGAAUGCUUCUCGAAGAGGGAAAUCCCGAGACUCUCAUCAAACGACAAAAUCUCCACAAUUUAGAGGACGUCUUCCUUAGAUUAUGCAAUAAUAAAGAGUCGGAUCUUAACAUCUAUGACAAAAGUCAGGGUGCUCUAUUUUUCUUAUGUCUGGGUCGAGAUCCCUAUGACAUACCGGUCGCUGUAUUUAAUGGAGAAUUAAAGCCUAAAUACAGUACAGGAUUCCUUCAAAAUAUCGAUAAUUACACAAUCACUCAAAAACAAUACAAUACUUUUGAAAGUGGAUACGAAUCGGUCAAAAAUGGUGAUAAUAAGGCUCUCAUAUAUAUCGGCGCCAACUUUUCUAAAGCAUUAGUGCAAAGAGGAUUACAAGGAUAUGAGACCGACACCGAGACCAUCGAUAUGAGCAGUAUUAAGCUCUACCUCGAUAUGACCAGCCAAUUCUCUGCCAACAAAAUACGCCAAACACUCCACGAAUCGUAUCAAACGUUUGCGAAAGCAAUCCUUAAAAGCAAUGAUAUGCCAGAAGCCAUGGCCGAUCCGCCCAUUCAUAUUGAAGAUCCAAUACUUGGUACUCGUGACCCACCGGUUACACACUUUAUGGCCCCGGGAUUUAUAUUAUCGCUCGCAUUCUUCUGUGCGAUCGCGACAUCUGCUCUGAGUUUAGUUCUCGAACGCAAAGACGGUUUACUCGAGAGAAGCCUUGUUUCGGGUGUUCAUCCAAACGAAUACAUAUUAUCGCAUGUAUUGACUCAGACAAUGGUUGUCAUUCUGCAGACCUUCUCAGUAUUGAUGAUAGCGUUUUUAAUCUUUGAGAUUCCAAAUCGUGGCUCAAUAUUAUGGGUAUCAGUGCUGAUAGUAAUGCAAGGCGUCUGUGGUAUGGCUUACGGAAUAUUAAUCUCCGCCAUCACUAAAGAAGAGAACUUUACAUUAAUUCUAUGCAUGGGUUCUAUGUUUCCACAAUUUCUUCUCAGCGGUGUGGUUUGGCCCUCUCGUGACCCACCGGUUACACACUUUAUGGCCCCGGGAUUUAUAUUAUCGCUCGCAUUCUUCUGUGCGAUCGCGACAUCUGCUCUGAGUUUAGUUCUCGAACGCAAAGACGGUUUACUCGAGAGAAGUCUUGUUUCGGGUGUUCAUCCAAACGAAUACAUAUUAUCGCAUGUAUUGACUCAGACAAUGGUUGUCAUCCUUCAGACCUUCUCAGUAUUGAUGAUAGCGUUUCUAAUCUUUGAGAUUCCAAAUCGUGGCUCAAUAUUAUGGGUAUCAGUACUGAUAGUAAUGCAAGGCGUCUGUGGUAUGGCUUACGGAAUAUUAAUCUCCGCCAUUACUAAAGAAGAGAACUUCACAUUAAUUCUAUGCAUGGGUUCUAUGUUUCCACAAUUUCUUCUCAGCGGUGUGGUUUGGCCCGUGGAGACAAUGCCCAAGAUAUUGAUAUUUAUCAGUACAGUAUUCUCUCAGGCAAAGAGUAUAGAAGCGGUUCGUUAUAUGUUGUAUAGGGGUUGGGGUUUAGACUAUUUCGAGGUGUAUUUAGGUUUCAUAAUAUCCGGUUCGUGGACUAUAGUAUUCCUAUGUGUGGCCGCUAUUAUGUUUAAUGUUAACAAAUCUCGAUAAUCUAAUCAAUACAGUAUUACAGUAUAGUGUAGUUAAUGUUUGUUUGAUAGCAAACAUAUUCAAGUAUGGAAUCAUUUCCUAAACAUAAAUUUUAAUUUAAAUAAUUAGUACAGUAUUUAUCAAAUAUUUUUAUCAAAUUAUAUUUUGACUCAAUUUUGUGUUCGCCC